AUGUCUUCAUCACACCCGUCGCCGUCGCCCGGCCAGGUGGCCUUCUCUAACGCGGAGAUCGUCGACAGUAUCGUCCAAUACUCUUCGGACCUCCCAGCUCUUUGCAGGGUGAACACUACCUGUUUCGACAUCGCGUCCACAAAGCUAUACUUGGACAUAGGUACCAAUUACGAUCCUCACCUCUCAGAGUGGGAAGAACAGACCCCCGCUUCAUCUUUUCUUCUGGCGGAUCUACCAAUCUUCCGCCCCCUUCGCGGUCGGGCGGUCUCGGCGGUGAGAGCGGCAGUCAGGGAGAGCUUGCUUCGGCGGGUGAAGAACUUGUCCGUAGGGACGUUCGCACCUAAGAAUUACGACCAUUCGUCUUCACCCCUCACUCACCCCAUUCCACCCCUCCCGGAGCUUCAGACGCUAACGCUCUCCCGAGGUGUCAGUUGGCAAGAGGAAGACUUGGUAUUUCUCACAGCCAACAUCCAACCCAUGACAAUCAUCCUCGACUUACAGUAUGAUCACGAGGUUAGGCAGAGUCUGACCUGCCUGGUUGCUCGCUUGGCUGGGUUAUCGGACCGGCUCGCGAACCUCGUCGUCCGCAUCAGUGAGCACAGCCACAUACACGGGGCAUUAGGCGGUACGUCCACUCUGGCGAUCGAUCACGUCGACAUUUACCUCGUCGCCGACCCGGGAACCAUAUUUGAGGGACUCUCGCUUGACGAGGUCGCCUACCUCGUUCUCGCACAUGCGGGUGGCGUGUAUAGCGCCAUCGAUCUGACAUGGCGCAACGUCUUCGAUCCACCUAAUCCGGAAGCGUUCGAAUGGCGCGGUUGGGGCACGAUUCUGGAUGCACUACGUCCAGCCGUCCCUGCGCGAGAGUUCGACACCCAAGCCGACAUCCCCCUCCUCCUGUCACAUCGCCUUCGGUAUCCACUCCCCGUCGACCGCGAAGCGCUCGGUUGCUACUGCGGAAGGCUCGGUCCUGAAGAGGCAGAGCCUGUCACAACUUUCGGUCGGUCGGAUCUAAGCCCCAAGUGGAUUGCGGAGCGCAUGUCGAGGGUGAAGGCGAUCAGUGUGGCGGAAUUGAAGCGGAAGGAGUGGUUCAAGUCAUUUGAGGAGGACUUCGAUGAGACUUGA